GGUGGAGCGACCAGAAUGUCUUGAGGCACGGCACUUCCUGCUUUUUUUUAUGACUGAGCUGCUGUUACUGCUGUGAAGCAGAACAACUCCUCGUCUGAGCUCUGAAUUUAUUUUUCCCUCCAUCGCAGCAUUAUCGACAACACUGCCUGCAAAUGGCCCUCUGGUGGCUGAGCUGCAGUACUGCAGCGUUUCUCCUUCUGGCUCACAUUGACCUGGUUUUCACCCAGUGCUGCAGCAGUGGGACUCCAGGGGUUCCUGGGAUACCUGGCACACAUGGUCCCAAUGGAUUAGACGGCCAAAAGGGAGAGAGGGGAGACCCCGGAGAGGCAAGUCAGCUGCUUAGGGGCCUGAAAGGGGCACAAGGUCAGAGGGGCCCUCCUGGAAGGCCUGGACUAAAGGGAGACGCGGGUAUGAUGGGACCUCCUGGUAAUCCGGGCCGACCUGGGGAGAAGGGACGACCCUUCAAUCCUUCUAACGAGCAGAAAAUGUUUUUUUCCUGCAAACUGGAUGCAUCAGAUCCACCACAGCUCAACGCAGCCAUCAACUUCAACGGGAAGAUCCUGGAAGAUCUGGAGCCACAGUAUCAGGGAGAAUCUCUGACCAAUGGGACAUACACCAGCACCGUCGGAGGCGUUUACUUCUUCAGUUACCACGUCUCAGCCAAGAGCAGAGCGUGCCUGAAGCUGAUGAAGGGCAGCGAGGUUCACACCACGCUGUGCGACACCGUCGACGGGUACGUGGUCUCCUCCGGCUCGGCAGUGCUGCAGCUGGAGGUCGGAGACACGGUGUCAUUGGAGCCCACCAGGUACAACCACAUUGCCACGAGCACCAGCCACACCUUCACCGGUUUCCUCAUCUUCCCCAUGUGAUCCAUGAAGUAUCUCCUGACCACCAUUACAGACUUUCUGACAGCAUCGCAACACAAACAUGGGAGCAACAGGGGCACCAUUUUCAAGUAUCAGUGUUUCUGUAUAUGAAUAACGUCAAAUAUUCAGCAGAUUUUUCUAUUUCUGAAGAAAGAAAAAAUUCAGCAGCUUUACUGUUUUUCAUCACUUUAACUUUUUAAACAGAGUCACUCUUCCAUUAAACUUUUACCUGAGUUCUG